UUAAACCCAGCUGUUUCUCUCUUCAUAAUUUGCAUUAUACCCACACCCAACCUUAUGGAAAAAACUCCCUUCCUCCCUCCUCUUAUGUUUCUACUUCUAUUUGCAACCUUUAGUGUUACUUUCUCUGCCAGCAUCACCACCGAUAAAUCUGCCCUUUUCGCCUUAAAAUCCCAUAUAACUCACGAUCCGCACAAUCUCCUAGUAACCAACUGGUCCACUUCUACCUCUAUUUGCAAUUGGAUUGGUGUCACCUGUGGAUCCAAACACCACAGAGUCACUGCUCUGAAUUUGUCAAGCAUGGAUCUCACAGGCACCAUCCCAUCUCAAUUGGGAAAUUUAUCUUUCCUUGCCUCCCUCAACAUUCGUAACAAUAGUUUUCAUGGCUCUUUACCGACUGAGUUAACUAAUUUGCAUCGUCUGAAAUAUUUGAACUUUGGUAACAACAGCUUCAGUGGAGAAAUCCCAUCAUGGUUUGGUUCCUUCACUAAACUUCAAGGCUUGCUUUUGUACAUGAACAACUUCAUUGGUGUUAUCCCGUCCACUCUUGGCAAUUUGUCAAAACUUGAAAAGUUAAUAUUGUACAACAACAGGCUCCAAGGGAAAAUCCCCAUGACUCUGGGAAAACUUUCAAACUUGGAACAGUUAGAACUGAAUUAUAAUUCUCUUUCAGGCCAAAUUCCUUCCUCAUUAUGCAAUUUGAAUUCCCUUGUGGCUCUCUUUUUAUCGAACAAUAGUUUGGAUGGAACAAUUCCAGAGUGCAUUGGAAACUUGACUUCUUCUCUUUCACACGUUGACCUACGGAUGAAUAAUUUUCAUGGUAAAAUACCUGAAAAUUUCGCUGAAGGUUGCCGCUUAAAAAGUUUUCUAAUCAGCAAAAACCAAGUCGAAGGGUCACUGCCACGAUCUUUGGGUAAUUGUAAAGAUUUGAAGCUUCUUGAUGUUGGGAACAACUAUUUAAAUGACACAUUCCCAAAUUGGUUAGGAAAUUUGGAUCAGUUACAAGUGCUUGACUUGAGAUCGAACAGAUUCUAUGGUAAGGUGGAUAGCUCUGAUGUUACCUUCACUCGUUUGCAUGUCAUUGAUCUCUCUCGUAAUAACUUCAGUGGCUACCUACCUGUAAACUUUUUUGAAAAUUUGCAUGCCAUUAGAGAAGGGAAUGGAAAGAAAGUUAAACCAGAGUACAUGAAAGAUGUAAUGGUUGGUGAAAAAAUAUCUUUUUGGCUAGGUUUAUCCUUUACAACAAAAGGGUUGGAAACAGAUUUUGAGAAACUGUUAACGAUAUGGACAGCUAUUGACUUCUCCAGCAACCAAUUCUUUGGAGAAAUUCCUAAAACAAUUGGAGAGCUUCAUUCACUAAUUGUCCUAAAUCUCUCUCAUAAUUGUUUAACAGGUCAUAUCCCAUCAUCAUUAGGUGAUUUAUCAGAACUUGAAUCAUUAGAUCUCUCAUUAAACAAGCUCCAUGGAAGAAUUCCAACAGAGUUUACAAAUCUUGGAUUCCUAGAGGUGUUAAACCUUUCUCAUAAUAAUCUCGUGGGACUCAUUCCUCACGGCAAACAAUUUGAUACUUUCAGUAAUGAUUCCUACAUAGGAAACUUGGGUUUAUGUGGAUUGUCAUUAUCUAAAAGAUGUGAUAAUGAUGAGGGAACUCCAGCCAAAUUUGAUAGAGAUGAGGAUGAUGAUGGAUUGAAUUGGAAAUUUUCUAUAUUGAUGGGGUAUGGAUGUGGGUUGGUGUUGGGAUUGAGCAUGGGAUACAUUGUUUUCACAACUGGAAAACCAUGGUGGUUCAUUAAGAUCUACGUGAGAGUUCAACAGAGAUUUGUAAGAAAGGUAAAAAAGAGAACUCUUUGACGGAUUUUUGUUGCAGACCGAGCAGUGGAGAGAGGAGAAAACUUCAUUGCAUGGUGGAGACAGGCCUUUUUCUAUAGUUGUUUUAUAUAUAGUUUGCCUUCAAUAAUUUCUAAAUAAUUAACCCCAAAACUAAAAGUA